AUGUCAUCUGCCCGCCGGUGGCUGGGGCGCAUUGUAGGAGAGCGUUUACUGACUGGUAGCCCGUCGCAUUGCGAUAUAUCACAGUCCGAGUCCUCGCGCUUGCUAGAUGAAGACAUAUAUCAGGCCGGAUUCAACUACGGGACUGUCCAGGGCCCUCCGCCGGGCCCGGAGCUUGAGACGUUGAAGCGUGAGAGGGAGGCUCUCGAGGCCAUCUGCCAGCGAGCGUCAGAUUCUGUCGUUGAUAUCUGGGCCAUCCAGUCUCAGCCAUUCGUGCCCUCGGGUCAGAGCAGUGCUCAAGCGUCCCGAAUCCCAAGUUCAGAAGCAACCAUCACCCAGGCUACCUUCAAAGCCGAUACAUAUAAUUCGACUCAGUCCCCUCCCAGAGCAUCUCAGAGAUCUCAAUCUUCACGGCAAUCCUCAUCCCCUAUGCCCGGCGAAUUCGCAGGGAUGAGAUAUGUGUCAUACCGAAACCCAGACUACCCUCAUAACGUCAACCUUUCUGCCGUGCCCAAACACUGGGGUGAGGUCGUGAUGAGCACGAGAAAAGGAAAGAAGACCAGGCCCGCCUUGAACCUGGACGACAGCCAAAAGGACGAGGUAGACGUCUUUGGCGUGUUAAAGGUCAAAUGA